AUCGCCCGUCGUACUUAAUUUACUCACAAACUGAUGUGGUCUUGAAGAUCUAGAAUUAGAUCUGUUCUAGAUCUGGACUAUCUCUAGAACUAGAUCUAGAUCUAUUUUAUAGAUUUAGAUUUUAACGCAACUCACCUCUAGUGUGUAAAAGAAUGUUUGAAGUUUGUAGUAUCAUUUCAAGACUCUCUCAUUAGGCCUGGAUUACAUUUCAGGUGCUUGUUGGAUGUACGUGAAUAGCAAUGCAGCUUCUAGGGCAAGCUGAGCCUGGCAUAGGGCUUAGCAGCUGCUCACCCUGGUGUGGUGCUGUCAUGCGCCUUUCAUUACGGCGCUCGCUGCGCUUUUUUCUGGUGACAACUAUGGUGGUGUUUGUCAUGCUCAACCUCCAUGUGCUCUACAACACACCUAGAGCAAAGAGCAGUGAGGAGAGGGCAAAAAGUUUACAUCAAAGCACUGGAUCAGAGUUUCAUGUGCAGCUUAGCAGUGACCACACAUCUUCUACAUCAAAGCACAGUGUUGUCAUAGCACCCAGAGUCAUGAAUGAAACCAACAGUACUGUAAACAAUCAACUCAGAUAUCAUCGCAAUAUUUCUAUGAAUGACUCAGAUGCCCUUAAGCUGGAAGUAAUAAGAAUCAAUACAGAGCAGUAUGUGCAUAACUUGGAUAAAUUUGGCAUAGACUUGGGUCCAAACAGUCUGGUCAUUGUAAUUCAGACACAUGACAGACCAGACUAUUUGAAAAUACUCCUAGAUUCCAUGAGGAAAGUGAAAGAUAUUGAGAAGAGUUUGUUGAUAGUCAGUCAUGAUGUAUAUUCUCAACAACUGAAUGAUCUAAUUGAAUCAGUGGAUUUUUGUCCGGUGAUGCAGAUUUUUUUCCCCUAUGCUCAACAAAUCUAUAAGAAUGAGUUUCCUGGUGAGCACCCUAAUGACUGUCCUCGUAAUGUUAAGAAAGAAGAAGCUGUGGCAUUGAAGUGUAACAAUGCAGAGCAUCCUGACAAAUAUGGCCACUACAGAGAAGCUAAGUAUUGCCAGGCCAAACAUCACUGGAUUUGGAAGCUGCAUCACUUGUUUGAAGAUCUAGUGUUGAUGAAAAAUUAUGAAGGCAAUGUCAUGCUACUGGAAGAUGAUUACUAUCUAUCUGAGGAUAUCAUAUUCUCCACUCACAUGUUGAGAGGACUCAGGGAAAGAGAAUGUCCAGACUGUCGAAUGUUGGUGCUGGGAAACUAUGAUAAAAAUCAAAAUUAUGAUUCCAAUGGCGCCAAGGCAGAGAGGGCUUUCUGGGUCUCAUCAAAACAUAACAUGGGUAUGACCUUUAACCGCUCUGUCUGGUUGGAAAUAAAGAAGUGUAUUAAUGAAUUCUGCACAUUUGAUGAUUACAAUUGGGACUGGACAUUACAACAUUUGAGUAUGAAAUGUAUUCCAGACAAAAUCAAGCUCUUGGUAAUGAAAGCUUCAAGAAUAUUUCAUGUUGGGGAGUGUGGAAUGCACAAAAAGUCCAGCAACUGUUACCCUGACAACGUGGUGAAGCAAGUGGAGACAAAACUGGCAGAGAAUCACAAGCAUCUAUUUCCUAAUGCCGUCUCCAUAGCUGGGGACUCAAGGUUCAAGCUACGAGACCCAAAGCCUAAUGGAGGAUGGGGAGAUAUAAGAGACCAUAACCUUUGUCUCCAUUAUUUUAAUAGCACUUCUCUAAGAUAAUUUUUGAUCAUCCGCUAGGGUGCGCAAUGACUAAAGGAGUUACUGUAUUUAAUCAAAAUAAGUUGUGAUCAAUUUGAAUUCACUGGAUUUAUUCUAUGGGAAAAAACCACCAAAUGAGUUUGUUAAACUUGUCAGGGUAUGACAAUAUUGAUAUGUAGUUGUAAAAGAAACUUCUUAUCAAAGAAUCCUGCAAAUAGUUUUAACUGUGUGCGGUAUUCUUUAAAACAAAGACUUUAAAUACGUGUAUAUUGAAUAUAACAAAAUAGACUUUAAAAGUAAUUUUAUACAUUGGAUAAAAAACAAUUUAAAAAACCAUGUAAUUGUAAUUAUUUCUAUGACUUACUGCCGUUAUAAACCUUGUUCAUUUAGUCCCUGUUGAGUCUAUUGUGGUAGAAGUACAUACAGUACUUUUAUCAUAUUAAUUAAUUCAAUGUACUCAAGUAAUUUUCUGUGUGGAUGGCUCCAAGUAUGUUAAUGAAUGGUAAGAUUGUUGUUUUUAUUUUGCAAUUGAUGAAGGAUUAAUGCAAUUUUAUUGUCUUAUAAAUUAUUUGAUUUCUCAAAUGAGAGAAAGUUGAAACUUAGGGAAGCCUAAGUGGUUAUGUGUAUAAUAGUGUACAUAUUACUGUUUAACUAGAAAUAUUUUAGUUGUUAAAAAGUUUCUAGUCAGUAAGUUUAACCUCACACACUUACUUUUAUAUUUUUGACUUUUUUAUUGCUCAAAUAGCUUGAAUGUUUGUGUAAUUUAUAUGGAGUUUUUAUUACAUUUUUGCUUUAUUAAUUCAAACAACUUCGGUAAUUACACUUACAUUAUAAAGGAAAACUUUCUGUUUGAAUGAGAAAAAGAUUUACUAUAUCAAUAAAAUAUCCUAAACAACCGAGUAAUCUUUUAAGCUUCAUUGUGAGUUAAAAGAUGUCAUUUAAUUAUAGAGUAAGGUGCUGCAUAAUUUAGCUUAAGUAUGCAUUUAUUUGUAUAAUGAUGCAAGAAUUAAAUGUUCAUAUCAAAAGAUAUCAUGUACAACUGUGAUAAUGAGAAGCUGUAUCUCUUGAAUGUUUAUAUUGUGAUUGUUUUGCAUAUCAUUAUUUUUAUUUUAUUUACUUAGUGGUAAACCAUUGGAGAAAAAUGUUUUAAAAAUAGUGGUAAUUUCAUGCAUGGACUACACUAUAAUAGCAUUUUUCAUGCAUAGCUUUAUAUUAAAUGAAUAAAAAUACAUAUUUAUAUAACUACAAUCGUAUCAUUAAAAUCAGAGAAAUAUAAUGAGUUGUGAUAUUUUCUCAUAUUCCAAAUUUUCCAUUGAAAUUAAACUUUUCUUUCAACUUGAUAUAAUAAGAAUUUCUUGUCUUUUUUUCUUGUUACACGGUAAGGAAGACCAUUGCUUUAAACUAUGUUAAUUGACAAUGUAUUAAUAUUUUAUGACAGUAAUUAAUUUAUUACUUGAAAAUGUAAACAAAACUUACAAAGUAUACACUGGCCCCACAAAAUCUUUUUCCAUUUAAAGAUUGCAAAUGUGAGAAUAGUGAAUAAAGUGUCUUGUUGACUUUUGUACUUUCUUUCUUGAUUUUUUGUUUACAUGUUUUUUUUGUGACAUUGUAAUUAUUUUUGUUAAACUUUUCAACUAGUUGAUGUAAAAGUAUUUAAAAUUAAAUACAUUUCAUUACUUUUCAAAUGUUUGUUGAUGGAAAAAAAAAUAUUUUGAUCUGGUCUGUUGCUGCACUGUACAUGUGAAAUAUGUCACAUGAUUUUCAGUAUUAAAUGGUCUAAAAAAUCAAUUUUUAAAUUAAAAAUACAUAUUUUACAAAUUUAUUUAGUACAGUACUCUGAUACCAGAUCAUUGACCACCCCUUCUCCCCUUCUAAGAGGUCUUAAGGGUUAACAAUUUGUCUUGAAAUUUAUCUUCCAUGUCUUUGAAGUGUUUGUUUUGCCAGGUUACGAUUUAGAGAUUGAUAAAUUUCAGUAUUUUUCUCUUCCUUAGUAAUUCAUUUUUUAAAAACCUACCUGCAAGUUGCUAGGUAGUCAUGAGCACAUGAUCUUGUGGGAGAAGCUUAUGCAAACAUUUUAACAAACUAUUCUAGUAUUGAUAGUUUUACCAUCUUAUAUUAAGUUUUACUCAGUCAACACUACACACUAAAAUGUUGUUAAAAUGUAUAUCCCAAAACUAAUAUGUGGAUGAAUCUCACAUACAUGAUUGUAAUACUUGUGUUAUUGGAAUAUAUAUAUAUUAGUAAUAUGAAUAAUUAAUUUUAAUUUUUUUCCCAAUUAGUUUUAUAAUUAAAAUUUCCAUUUUCCUUAUAAAAAUUAUUGUAUAUAUUCGUUUUACAGUAGAACAUGUGUCUCUAAAUGUUGUAAUUUAAAAUUUAAGUCAAUAUUCAUUGUUUAUAAAAUGGUUGAAAUUGUUCUUGCUGCAUUUUUGUUAACCAUUUUUAUCUAGGUUGUUGUAAUUCUCCUCUAAAAUAUAAUCUUGUAUAAAUGUCUGUUUGUUGUUUUAAAACAGAUAUUAAAUUUUAUCUAUAUUAUGUGUAUGAAAGAUUUAAGAGCAUGUGCAACUGUAUCUGAUCUGGUGUAAUGUUGCAUUGAUCAGCUUCACUUUCAUACAUUAUUAAUUAAACUUUAUAAAGUUGAUGCUAAUUUGCAUUUUAAAUCAAAUAUAUUAGACACUAAAGCUCUUGUAAAUUGUUACUAAAAUGUGUACAGAUUUACAUGCAUUACAGCUUAUCAACUUUUUAUGUACAUUUAACCCUCAGUGAGUUGAUGAAUGCGACCUUUGUACUAGUUGCGACCUUUGUGCUGCCGUCAUUUUAAAAUAAUUUUGAAGGCAGUAUUGAAAUUUAUAAUUUUGGAAGUAAGAAUAAAGUUAAAAUAUUUUACCAUGUUUAUGUAAUAUGGAUGGUUUGUGGUAAUUAAAUAUUUAUAUUUUUAUAUCAUGAAAUAAUUCCCACGAAUGUGAUGUUGUAGUUUAUUAAGUACAUUAAGUGUAAAUGGUGCUGUUUAAUGUCCAUUCUCAUCUCACCAAUCUUCCAUACAGCAUUUGGAGUCACUUGAAACCAAAUGGUUAUUAGUGCCAAAGUAUAAAUCAAUGUUAUGAACUAUUUUUAUUUACAUUUCAAUUAUGUCCAAGGCCACAGUGUGCAAACAUUUCCUGACCCCAACUAUAUAGACAGCCAGGCUCCUGACUCUACAACUCAGACACGGAGCGACAGAUCCAAUGGUAUAAAAGAACAGAUCACAAGCAUUGUAAAACUUGAACUUUUUUAAUGUUUAAAUGUUCAGCUUUUAAUAAAAAUGUACACUAAGUAUAAUUGUGAUUUAUUUUAACUCAACAAUAAAGACAAACUGAUGUCCUAAUAAGUAUCUGUGUUGUAUAUUUCUUAGUGUACUUUCCCUUUUUUAUUCAAAAUCACCCAAACGCAAACAAUAUUUGCAAUAUUUUAUUUAUAACUUUUGCAAUAUUUAACACAGUAAUUACAUUAUGACAUUUAAAAGUUUCAUAAAUACUCAGUAUAGUAAUAACUAGACAAUAUUAUACUAGAUAAGUUUUUUUCAAUCAAUGAAAGAAAUUAAUACAAGCAAGCCAAUUAUUAAGUAAUGAAAUUUAUUGUACCAAAGUUACCAUGUAAAAUGAAUG